AUCCGAAAAAGAAUCCUAAAUUUGGGAGCACACGCACAACCAACGGCUAAGGUGGUUUCCGAAACUCGCAGCCUCUUCUCGUGUAGAUGAUUGAAGAAAGUUUCGUUUCGAUCGAAUCAAAUCUUAAUUUCCAAUCUGCCUCUUCUUUUUUUUUUUUUUGUUCUUCAUCACAAUCGUUGGUUCUGAUCGGUUCUAGCUAGCGACCCAUCUCUCCGGCCGCCGUGAUUCGGUGUUGAAACGGAAAAUUAAAAGAAUGGUGGCCGAGAGAAAUGGGUGGAAGGUUUACGACGAGAUGAAUAUCAUGGAUGCUGAUCGUGAUUGGAACCACAUUAUGAACAAGGAUGAGCUCCAUCAACACGAAGAUCAAGAAGAUCCGGCACAGGAAAAAACAGAAGGAGAUGAAGAUUUGGAGGCGAUGGAAAAGAAGAUGAGAAAGAAGAGGAAGAAGAAGGCGUUGUUAGAAUUUCGUUGCAGAGUGGAAGAUGCAAUAAUAGGGAAUUAUCUUCUAGGGAAACCCAAGAGAAACGUUUCUUCGAAAGAAGCAGCGAAAGCAAGAGACGAGCUGAAGGAAAUAAGUCUAUGGGGAGUGCCAUUGUUACCCAGCAAGGGCCACGAGGGGACCGACAUCCUACUCCUGAAAUUCUUGAAAGCCAAACACUACAAAGUCCACGACGCAUUCGAGAUGCUGAGGAAGACUCUGAAAUGGCGAAAGGAGUUCAAAACAGAUGGGAUUCUUGAGGAGAAGUUGGGGGGCUGCGAUCUUCACAAUUUGGUUGGUUUUUUGGAUGGGAAGGACAGGGAGGGGCAUCCCCUCUGGUUUCACGCUAAUGGGGUUCUCAGGGACAAAGAAAUGUACCAAAAAACGUUUGGUGCCGAAGAUCAGAAGUGCGAUGAGGAGUUGUUCUUGAGGUGGAUUGUUCAGAAUAUGGAGAAGGGGAUAAAACAGCUCAGCUUUUCCAAAGGAGGGGUCGACUCUAUUGUUCAGAUUACUGAUUUGAAGAACUCCUCUGGACCAGCCAUGAAGGAGUUUCGUUGUGUUAGCAAGAAAGCCCUCUUGAUCUUACAAGACAACUAUCCCGAACUCGUCUAUAAAAAUAUAAUCAUAAAUGCUCCAUUUUGGUACUACGCACGCCACAUACUUCGGUCGAAGAUUAUCACUCCCAAAACCAAGGCCAAGUUCGUGUUUGCCAAUCCGUCAAAAGUGACAAAGACCCUUGUCAAGUUUAUAGCCCCAGAACAGUUGCCAGUAAGAUAUGGAGGGCUGAAGAGAGAAGACGAUGACGACUUCUCACCGGAGGAUAAAGCAUUGGAGCUCACAAUAAGAGGGAACACGGCAGCGACGAUCGAGUUUCCGGUUGCAGAAGGUGGAGUGACGAUGGUGUGGGACGUGACGGUGGUGGGGUGGGACGUGGUGUACAAGGAAGAGUUCGUGCCAGAAGAUGAAGGUUUGUACAGAAUAGAGUUGCAGAACCAGAAGAAAGUGGGAGAGAGCGUAAGGAAUAGUUUCUACAUCAGCGAGCCUGGUAAGAUCGUCAUCACCAUCGAGAACCCAACUUUCAACCACAAGAAGACCGUCUUCUACAGAUCCAAAACCAAACCCACUGUACCCAUGUACAUCUUGUUCAACAAAUAGAAAUUAAAACCCACAUCAUCAUCAUCCAUUUCUUAAUUUUUGUUUCACUUCUUUUGAUCCCAUAUGUUA